CAAACAGGAAAGCUUCGCUGAAACUCGGUUGGUUAGAUGUGGGGCUUCUCAUGCACAUACGUCUAAAUAACAAAUUUGAAUAUUUUGAUAUGUGUGUUGUAUUUUUUAUUACCAUGUCUGUUUUUCGCUGUUAAAUUUGGCUAAUUUAUGACUACGUUUUUUUUCAGUUAAAGACAUACAUAAUGGACGCAAAAAUAAAGGUAGCUACCACGCACCCAUAAAGCUAAAGUCAUGCUAUGGACAGAUGUAAGCUAUCAUAACAUGGAGGAAAUCGACAAAAUGCAGUCCAUCCUUGAUCUGGAGAGUGCUUUGUGCAGCGUGUUUGGAGUUGACCUACUUGAACCAAAAAGAGGUGUUCUGCUGGAGCUGUAUGUCCAGACUGUGCUCUUUUGCAGAGAGCACAGGUUCAAAAAAGAACAAACUUCUGCUCUCCUGUCCAUCGUGAAGUCCAUCCAUGAGGCCAACAUAGAAACUCCUCUCAACAACACAGAUGAGUGCUUCAGAUACUGCAAGGAGCUUCUGCUCUGCCACUCAGUAAGGCGGCCUCCUUUUAGUGUCAACCUUUUUAACUAUGAGGAGGGGAACCAUGUCUUUAAGUACAUACAUAACAACUAUUUGAGGCACUGCAAACUCUACAAGUAUGUCUUUACUCCGCAGGUGAAAAUCGAUUUGUCUUUGACAUACUCUGGUAUGGAUCGCAGAUCACCUACUGUGGAGGAACUUUCUGUACCAGAUGUUGAAGAGAAAGAAGCAGAGCCAAAGGAAGACGGAUCUGCCGAAACACAGGAAACAUCCAUAAGAGAGCAAGAGGAAGUCACACUCGGUGGGAAUAAUAGCAGGAUUGAGUGUAACUGCAGAAAUAAGUUUAAUAGUCAAACACAACCCAAAUUUUCUUUGUAAUUGCUUAAUUUCCUCACUUUCAGAUUCCACAUGAGAGGCACUUAUAGAGCGAGUGGUCAGAGCAAAUGACGCUCAGUUCGGGACAACUGGAUCGCUGAAUGAAUGAAAGCAGUGCAGAGUCUCCGCAGCCCAACCACAAA